CUCUCUGGAGCCCCGGAGCCUGCCCCUGGGAUGUGGGUAGGGCUAUGCCGCCCCAGGCUGCCCACAUGUGCCCAGGUCUGCGGUAGGUCAGGUGCUGGGAAGACCCCAGGGGAGAGCCCCUCCUGCCCGGGAAGAUUAGGGUUCGGUUCUGAGCACAGUCUGCACCUGGGAGACCCUGGGCAAGGCCAGGUCUCUUUCUGAGUCCCCAUGGCCCCAUCUGUGAAAUGGGGGCAAGAAGCCCCCAGCCCCGCCCCUCCAGGGACAGGUGGGAGAGGAUAUGCGCACUGUGGGGAGCCCCAUGUGUGCGCAAGGGUCCCCUCCUCCAAUGGGGGCCCAGCCUCUGGAGUUGGGGAGGAGGGCCCUUGAGAGCUGAGCUCUGGGAUGUGGUGGGAACAGCCCCGCCCCCAGCAGAGGGGGACACAGGUGACCAGAAGCUCAGAGGCCGGUCCUGUGGAGAAGCCUCGGGUCAGCUCUCUGGGGUGCAGAGCGGCAGGGAACGUGCGGAUGCUUGGGGGGCACCCACUACCACAGGAAACGGGGGCUGGUGGACAGGAUGGGCUGAGACUGCUCUGCAGACUCUGGGCUCACCCACGGGGCAGGAGCCUGGUGAGGGGGCUGGGCCCUGAGAGAGUGCUCCGCCCACACUGAGCCCUAGGCUGGAGGGGAAAUGACUCCCUGAGCCCAGGACCAGUUUCCAUACUUUUCUGCUUCCUGGAGCAGCAAGAUGGAGUCCUGGGGUCCUGCCCUGGGUCCUGCUGGCAGGGGUCCCGAGCUGGCAGCCAGGGCCUGAGGGUCCAGAGGACAGACAUGGAGCCUCUGCAAGGCUGGGGGCCGCCCCCCUGGAGCCUCACACCCAAGGCUGGUGCCCUGAGACUGACCCUGUGCCUUCUCCUGCUGGGAGUCGCCCACUGCGCCCGGGGGAUGCCCUCGUGCCCGGAGGAGGAGUUCCCGGUGGGGGCCAAGUGCUGCCCCAAGUGCAGCCCAGGACACCGGGUGAAGGAGGCCUGUGGGGAGACCACGGGGACAGUGUGUGCCCCCUGCUCCCCGGGGACCUACACUGCCUACCGCAAUGGCCUGGAGGCGUGUCUGCCGUGCCACCUCUGUGACCCAGACACGGGCCUGGUGACCAGGAGGAAGUGCUCCAGCACCGGGAACACUGUGUGCGGCUGCGACCGAGGCCACUUCUGUGUCCUAGUGGACGGGGACAACUGUGCUGAGUGCAGGCCCCACAGUGACUGCAGACCAGGCCAGAGGGUGCAGGAGACAGGCACCGAGAGGCAGGACACGCUGUGUGAAGACUGCCCGCCUGGAACCUUCUCUGCAGGUGGGACCCAGGCGGUGUGUGAGCCCUGGAGCAAGUGCAGUGGACCCUUGGAGAUGGAAGCCCAGCCUGGGACCAAUAGCACAGAUGUGACCUGCUCCUCCUCGGUGAAAGUUGUCAUCCUGUGUGUCUGCACUGUCAUCCUUGUCACUGUGUCACUGGGAUACUUAAUCAUCAGAAUCAGAAGGUCACGUGGAGAAACCACCCAGAGGACACACAGGGAUCAGUGGAGAAGACAGCAGGCGGAUGGGGACACCAAAGCCGACCAAGCCCUGCAGGUGUUUCUGAUCUUGCCAGAUGUCACCACGGUGGCCGUGGAGGAGACAGCAUCCGUGUUCCCUGACAGAGACCCACCAGCUGACAAAUGCUUCAGGAUGCAGACGUCUGAGCAUCCACGGGGCCUGCUGACUGCUCCAGGCCCCCGAGGACUGAAUGUGGGACCCGGGGAGCUGCUGGGACCCGCUCCUGGAUGGCUGAGCCUGCACCGGGCAGAGGAAGGCACCGGCCACUGCUCUUCGGGGUUUGAGGGCCACACAUGCCUCCACAUCUAA